AUGACUGACAGCAACAAAAUAACAACAACAACAACAACAACAAUAAAAGAUUUGAAAUUGGUACAAUUGUAUGAAAACAAUUUAAAUGAUGUGAUGCAAUUUUUGAUGAAACAUUUCAUUCCAAAUGAACCAACCGCUCGUUCAGUUCGUAUGUCCUUCAAUGAUGGUUGGGAAAUAACUGAAGCAAUAGUUCGAAAUUGUCUCAAAUUUCCGUAUUCUUAUGCAUUAAAAAACGAAGAUGAUGAAAUAGUUGCCGUUCGAUUGGCUGAGGUGAUAGAACGACCAAAAUUAAACGAAACAAACAAAUGCGAAAAUGAUAGAACAUUUGUUUUAUCGAAAGAAAUAAAUGAACACAACGAAAAGGAAACGGAAAAAAUGGCAAUAUCAGCAGUUGAAAUAAACCGAUUGCUUAAAACAUUGGAAUCAAAGAUAUGGCAUUUGGUAGCAACUUCAACUAAAAAACUUUUAGCAAUUAUGAUCAUUUCAACGCAUGAAAAAUAUACUAGACGUGGUUUGAUGCGUGAAUUGUUAACGUUUGAUUUGUUGAAACAAAAAUGUGAUGGUAUUCAAGGUGGAAUUAGUGAAGCUACUGCAUAUAAUUCUCAAAAAUUAUUCGCCGAAUUGGGUUUUGAAGUCCUCUACCAAAUAAACUAUAAUGAUUGGUUAGACAGAAAUGACAAACAAAUAUUCAAAUGUGAUGAUCGAACAAAUUGUGCUCAACUUGUUCAUCGAUUAUAUUGA